AUGCCUCGCGAAGUCUCCGAUAUCAAGCAGUUCAUCGAGAUCUGCCGCCGGAAGGAUGCCUCCUCCGCCCGCAUCAAGCGCAACCGCAAGAGCCAGCAGGUCAAGUUCAAGGUCCGCUGCGAACGCUUCCUCUACACCCUCUCCCUGAAGGACUCCGACAAGGCCGCCAAGCUCAAGCAGAGCCUGCCCCCUGCCCUCAAGGUUGUCGAUGUGUCCAAGGGUGACAAGAAGAAGUCCCUGUAA